UGAGUUGGCAAUUGACAUGCAAAGCCUAGCAGGAAAGGAUUAAGAUGUUUAUUUUUUAACCUAAAUUUCAGCAACACUUUAGAUGUUGAAAUUUCCUACGCCCACAAAGUAUCCACAGCUGCAUUUCUCUUCUAUAUGGCUGCUCCUCCAGAUGGACGACAGCUCCCCUUGGAGGAGGCUGGAGAUAGCUGGCAGUCUCCAGGACUGGCUCGAGGCGAGGAAGCAUUUUUUUCCAGAUCAGCACAUCAUUGAGGCCGAGCAACAAAGGGCCCUGGGAGAAACCGUCGCUUCAAUGAGGAGGCCUCCUGCCCCCUCCUCCGCUCGCCUCUCCACUGAAGCUGGAGCUGGCUUUCCAGCUCAUGGUUUAGUUCCUGAUCAGCCAUCGCCGCUGCUUCAGACUCCUAAUCCUGUUCCUGGUCCUGUUCCGGAUGGGUUCUUGGAUGAACUGCCUCCACACCCCGAUCCUGUUCCUGGUUCUGUUCUGGAGGGGUCCCGAGCUGAGCCGCCCUCAUACUCUGCUCCUGUCCGUGAGGGGCUCGUGGACGAACUGCCUCCAUCCUUGGUUCCUGUUCCGGAGGAGUUCGUAGAGGACGUGUCUCCACUUCCUGUUCCUGUCCAUGAGGGGUGCGAGGAUGCACCCUCUCCGCCUCCUGUGUCUCGGCGGCUGUCAGAUCAUCGGCUCCUACGUUGCUGGCCUGCUGAUCGCCUGCCCCAAUGUCGCCAGCCUGCUGAUCGCCAGAUCUGCCCGGGACGGCCUCCGGGCCGGCCACCUGAACUCUGGGUCUACCGGGGACGGCCUCCGAUAUUUGUUUUGUUUUGUGGGCACCUGGGAUCCACCCUUAAAGGGAGGGUCUAUGUCAUACUUGCUUGUUUUGAGUUCUUGAGCUUGUGUUUUUGUUAAUUUACCUGGUCUAAUCUUUUGUUUUCUGUCUCCCUGCACCCCAAGCCCACACCUGUUCUGUGUUUUCCCCUGAUUGUCUG